AUGCGCAGAGCGGUCCACCCGUCCAGCGCCUCCUACGCAGUGAUCCACCCGCCCACAACCGAGGGCACCGUGCAGGGGGGCGGGGCACCAGAGCGGCCCGAGUCCCUAUUGGCCGAAGGGAGGCAUUUUUGCAGCUCAAGUGGCAGCUCUUCUUUCCAGCCAAUCAAAAGCCACAUAACCAUUCCAACAGCCCAUGUAAUGCCUUCUACUUUGGGGGCCUCUCCUGCCAAACCAAAUUCUACACCUUCUGGGCCUUCUUCCUCUAAACUCCCCUUGUCGGGUUUGGCUGAAGGUGUGGGGAUGACAAGAAAUGGAGACUUUGGUGCAGUGAAGCGUUCGCCAGGCCUGUCAAGAGAUUUCAUGUAUCUCCCUAGUGCUGCUGGAGAAAAUGGGAUUCAGCAGUCCUGGUUUCCAGCAGUCGGCCAUGAAAGAGAGGGAGAGAUGAGGAAGUUUGAUAUUCCUAGCAUGGAGUCUACCCUUAACCAGCCUGCCAUCGUAGAGACAUUAUAUUCAGAUCCACAUUACCGAGUCCACUUCCCUAACCCAAGAUCUGAUGCAAAUAAGGAUGUAUACAAAGUAUUGCCAGAAUCCAAGAAGGCACCAGGCAGUGGUGCAGUGUUUGAACGGAAUGGACCACAUGCCAGCAACAGUGGAGUGCUCCCUUUGGGACUCCAGCCUGCUCCUGGGCUUUCCAAGUCACUAUCCUCUCAGGUGUGGCAACCAAAUCCUGACCCUUGGCAUCCUGGAGAACAGUCUUGUGAGCUCAGUACUUGUCGACAGCAGUUGGAAUUGAUUCGUUUACAGAUGGAACAAAUGCAGCUUCAGAAUGGAGCCGUCUGUCACCAUCCUGCUGCUCUUGCUCCUUUGCUGCCCACCUUAGAGCCAGCACAGUGGAUUAGCAUCUUGAACAGUAAUGAACAUCUUCUGAAAGAAAAGGAGCUCCUCAUUGACAAGCAGAGGAAACAUAUCUCUCAGUUGGAGCAGAAAGUACGAGAGAGUGAACUACAAGUCCACAGUGCCCUUUUGGGUCGUCCUGCCCCUUUUGGAGAUGUCUGCUUAUUGAGGCUCCAGGAGUUGCAGCGAGAGAACACUUUCUUACGGGCACAGUUUGCACAGAAGACAGAAGCCUUGAGCAAAGAAAAGAUGGAGCUUGAAAAGAAACUCUCUGCUUCAGAAGUUGAAAUUCAGCUCAUCAGGGAAUCUCUCAAAGUGACACUACAGAAGCAUUCAGAGGAGGGGAAGAAACAGGAAGAAAGGGUCAAAGGCCGUGAUAAACAUAUCAAUAAUUUGAAAAAGAAAUGUCAGAAGGAAUCAGAGCAGAACCGGGAGAAGCAGCAGCGUAUUGAGACGUUGGAACGCUAUCUGGCUGACCUGCCCACCCUUGAAGAUCAUCAGAAGCAGACCGAGCAGCUUAAGGAUGCAGAGUUGAAGAACACAGAACUGCAAGAGAGAGUGGCUGAGCUGGAGACUCUGCUGGAGGAUACCCAGGCAACCUGCAGAGAGAAGGAGGUUCAGCUGGAAAGCCUGAGACAGAGAGAAGCAGAAUUCUCCUCUGCUAGACAUAGCUUGCAAGAUAAACAGUCUGUGGAGGAUGCCAGUGGAGAAGGUCUCACAGUGGAAAUGGAAUCCCAGCAGAAGGAAUGUGAUUCCCUCCGAAAGAUGGUGGAGAGGCAACAGCUGAAGAUAGAGCAGCUGCACUCUCAAGCCCAGAGCCUAAAGCAAGAACUGGCUCAAGAAGAAGGAAUAAGCCAGGCCUUGAGAGAGGAGGCACAGCGGAGGGAGAUCGCCCUGCAGCAAAUUCGUACAGCCGUGAAGGAGCUCUCAGUGCAAAACCAGGACCUGAUUGAGAAGAAUCUGACGCUGCAAGAGCACUUGCGCCAGGCCCAGCCGAGGUCCACAUCUUCACCAGACACAGCCCAGCUGGCAGAUGAGCUGCACCAGGAACUGGCCAUUUGCCUUCAAGAUCUGCAAGCUGUCUGCAGCAUUGUGACCCAGAGGGCCCAGGGCCACAACCCUAACCUCUCUCUGCUCCUAGGCAUUCACUCCACCCAGCUCCCAGGGACUCAGCUGGAUUUGCAGAAGCCAGAUGUGAUCAGGAGAAAACUAGAAGAGGUUCAACAGCUGCGUCGUGACAUUGAGGACUUAAGGACCAGCCUGUCAGACAGAUAUGCCCAGGACAUGGGAGAAAACUGUGCCACACAGUGAGGAGCGCCAGGGAGGACCUGGCUGAUAGUAGCCUCGCCAGAAGGUUCCUGCCCUGACAAUCCUGCCUUCUGCUGCUGCACCCGGGGGGAGCCUGUGUCUGGGGCCAGGGUUGAUGAGAAGCCUGCCUGUUUUCCUGUAUACUGGCUUUGCCUUACUGGGUUAUGUUUUACCUGUUAUCUUACUCUGAAAGGCUGAGUUACUAAUUAACCUUUUUGUAGAUUCAACUGAUAAACAGUCCUCAUAAACUGUUCCCAGCCCUAACCUGACAUCAGAAGCAAACAGGCUGCUCACUUCCCCUCUCCAUCCUCCAGGAUGACCCAUGUUCAUUCCUACUCCAUACCUUGGUCCUGCUGAUGCUCUGUUAAGAGAGGCCUGAAAGGUUAAGUAGGAGUAGCAACCUUUGAAGAAUUCUCAGGCCCCCUGUUUCAGCCUUCCUGGGAACCCAGCUGGCUUUCUGGGUUUUCUCAGAUACCUGCUUCCUCAGGGCUGUUGUUCCCCACACAGGCCUCAGGGUUAUCUAGCCCUUAGCAAAGUCCCCCACUAGGAUUGCUGGCUUGGGGACUACUACAGCAGGGCUCCUCAUCCUGCCUGCUGUGCUAUCUUUUACAGGAAACUCUGGCUACCCUGUGUCCCUGGUGCCCUGGCAUGUGGUCAGCAUAGCCUUUCUCCUUUGCUCGGGCCUUCUAGGUAGCCCCGUUUGGGGUGCCUAAGUGCAGACCCCUCUGUUGUGAUGGCCCUGUGGUUUGCAGGUUGCACAAGCUGCUCACGCCUUCCCAAGGCUGGGGCUGUAGCUAGCCCUCUGAUUUGUGCCUCUUUGUUUGAGGUUGGGGGAAAUUCCUUUUCCCCUCUGUGACCUCCUUGAGAGUUAGAGCACCUAGUGUGGGUCAGCUCUAAGACUGUUCCGUGUUUUCUAGUGUUUUGUUUCUCUGGGGCCUUUGGACCCUCAGCCUUUUGGUUUUUCUUGCCUCCUGAUUUAGGGAUGGUCUCAGUUUUAUCUGGUGGUUGGGCUAGCCCUUCUCAACUUCCUCUAGUUUGGAGCUGGGGGCCCUAUGUGUAUGAGGAGCAGAGUAGUUUGGGGGGUGCAGAGGCAGCCAUGAUGGGACUUUUGCUAAGUCUCUGGGCUGUUAAAAGCAUCCUGGACCUCCAGGGCGGGCCUGAGUGGCCUUAUUUUCAAGUGUUCUCAUAAGUUUGUGUUUUAUUUAUGGAUGGCUUUACCUUUUCACAGUAGCCACACCCAGCUGGCUAUCUCCUCAGCCUCUGGGCUCCUGCCUCCUAAAACCAGAGCUGCCUGGUUGGUGUCCACCCUAUGUCGUUGGGAGCCCAGCCUCCAUGCUCACGGGUAUUUUUUCUUCGUAAAGUUUAUAAAGUUAUUUAUAUGAAUCUUUGUUAUGUCGACUGGUUUGUAUUGCCUAUUUUGAUUACAGAAUAAAACAUUUUAACAGA